CACUCCCACCACUCCCUCUAUAAAUUGUAAAAUGUUAGAACUGCAAGAUGCAUCUCAUCCCACACAAAAGUACACGCAACUCUCUCUCUUCAAAUUAUACAAAAUGUCUCAGGGAAGAGGCAGUGCAGUUCUUGCCACAACAAUAAUGUUGUGUUUAGUGGUGCUUUUCCAUUUUGAGGUGGCUGAAUCUGCCAGCUAUGUCGUUGGAGGCCGCGGUGGUUGGACCUUUAACGUAUCUGGUUGGCCCAAAGGCAAGAAGUUUAAAGCUGGUGACACACUCGUGUUCAACUAUAAUUCGGGGAUUCACAAUGUCGUGGCGGUGAACAAAGGUGGCUAUCAAGGUUGCACCACCCCUCGCGGUGCCAAGGUGUACAAGACUGGAAAAGAUCAGAUCAAACUUGUUAAGGGACAGAAUUUCUUCAUUUGUAAUUUUCCAGGGCACUGUCAAUCUGGAAUGAAGAUAGCCAUCACUGCAAUGUGAUAUCCCUUGAGAGUGUUUCAGUGUCUGCUCUAGUACUGCUUGUCGAGCUAUGUAAUAAUACAAAUAUAUAAAGAAAUAAAAUAUCUAUGCCUAGUUCAUGAUCCAAUAAAGUAUUUGAACUUGUGUCU